AUGUCACUAACGAAAGUUGUUGAGAUUGAUCUCAACGUGAAAACGACUGCAGCAACUGAAUUAGUUGAGUCUAAAGAACCAGAGUCUAAAGAACUAGAGUCUAAAGAACCAGCGUCUAAAGAACUAGAGUCUAAAGAACCAGCGUCUAAAGAACCAGAGUCUAAAGAACCAGAGUCUAAAGAAACAGCGCCAAAAGAAACAGUGCCAAAAUGUGAAUCAGCUCCACCUAUUCUAAUAGCACCCAUCAUUACCAAUUCAUAUUCUUUGUGCAAUAAUAACAAAGCGGACACUCCAAAGAAUAUCUGUUAUCUUCAUUGUCCUGAAGUGAUUCAAAAAAGACUUUCAAAGGAUGAAUUAUUACAAAAG